UAAAUUCUGAUCCAACAAAAGGUUUUUUACGUUUUUUUCAACUAUCAAAUUCAGGCUUGUCAGAAAUAGGAACAAGUUAUUUUAAUAAUAUAACAAAUAUAACAGAGAAAAACUUAAAUAUUUCGACUUUAAAUACAGAACUUGUUCAAUGUAUUUCUAUUAAUUUUUCAAGGUUGAACUUUUCUGGACGUUAUGAUAUUGAUUCAACAACUCCAAAUAAUCAAUUUUUGCUCGAACUUACAAUAUAUACAGUAAAUAAUUCUUCUGAACCAAAUGUAACAAAAAUAAUGAAAGAUUUAAACACAUUAAUUAAAUAUAAAUCCAUUACUUGUAUAUCAAAUUUAGCUCUUGAUAUUGAUGAAAUUUAUUAUUUUACGCCAAGAUCAAAUUUAUUUGAUGAAAUCAAGUAUUAUGUAGAAUUUUCACCUGCUCAAAGAGGUCCUCAUAAAUUAAAAUGUUCAUCUGAUCUUAACUGUUACUAUCUACAAAAACAUGAGUACAAUGAAAAUUUUUUACAAGAUAAUUGCAGUGAAAUUAUCUUUUUUACUUCAAUUUUAAGCAUAAUUCGCUUGAUCGCGAACAUUUUAUUCGUAAUCUAUGAAGUAAAAAAUGUUAGAAAUCUAGAUCUUUAUGUUCCUAG